UGGGAAGUGGAAAAAAGAUCGCGGCCGAGAGAAACAGGGAAUCGGAUAUCGCAGGGAAAGCGAAGAAAAGGAGGGAUGGGAGUGGAGAAGCAAGUCCUCAGGCCUGGAACUGGUCCCAAGCCAGUAGCUGGCCAGAGCGUCACUGUUCACUGCACUGGUUAUGGAAAAAACGGUGACCUCUCUCAGAAAUUUUGGAGCACAAAGGAUCCUGGGCAGCAGCCUUUCACGUUUAAGAUUGGCCAAGGUUCUGUUAUAAAAGGAUGGGAUGAAGGUGUGAGUGGUAUGCAAGUUGGCGAAGUUGCUCGUCUGCGGUGCUCUCCUGACUACGGUUAUGGUCCUCAAGGUUUUCCUGCGUGGGGAAUAAUGCCAAAUUCUGUCUUGGAUUUUGAAAUUGAAGUCCUGAGAGCUCAGUGAAGUGAUGCCUUGUUCUAAUAAGGAAUAAUGUUGUGCUUUACCAUGGAUAUGUAUGAUGAUGCUACACGAUGGUUGUGUUGUUUAACAUAAUAUAUCUUGGGUGCUUCUAGAUCUUACUGGAUGCUUUUGUUUCAUUGUAUUUAAUAUAUCAAUAUUUAUCCAUGGUUGCCUGAUAUAAUUUGAUAAUCUUAAUUACAGCUUCCAGUCUUAAA